GCACGUCAUGUCAUUAUCGGCGCCUUCGGUCACACCCGUGCCCACGCAUCCCCUGCCCAUGAUGACCACGCCCCAGAACCCCAAGAUGGAAUCCUCCAUGUCUUCCUCGGCCACCACGGUCAUGCGAUUGGAUCUCAAGAUUGGCUUCAUUGGCGGUGGACAAAUGGCGCUGGCCUUGGCCAAAGGCUUCAUGGCCUCGGGCAUGGUGGCGCCCAGUAAGGUUUUAACGAGUGCCCCGUCAGACAAUAAUUUGAUGCUGUGGCGUCAAUUGGGCGCCAAUACCACUCACGAAAAUGCGGAUGUGAUUAUGGGUUGUGAUGUCAUUUUCCUGGCCACCAAGCCGCAUAUUUUCCCGGCCAUGAUGGCCGGACUCGAGAUUACGGGCAUUGAAGAAGAUCCCAAAUCCAAGUUGCAGCGAGAAAACGGAGAGGCUUCCAACCCUGACAACAUUAUCUCACCUAAUACCAGGUAUAUUACCACGGACUCCAAAUUGUUCGUUUCGGUGAUGGCCGGGGUCACCAUUAAAUCCUUAACCAAUGCGCUCAGCAAUAUCGCUUUCAACCCUCGAGUGAUUCGAGCUCACCCCAACACCCCCGCCAUGGUCGGAUGUGGGUGUGCCGUGUAUUCUCUCGGUGAAGGCGCCACUUCCGACGACGGAGACUUGAUACGAAAUCUUUUUAGUAGUGUGGGUAUCUGUGAUCAAGUUCCAGAGUAUCAGCAGGAUGCAUUCACCGGAAUGGCUGGAUCGGGUCCCGCCUAUAUAUACACCAUCAUUGAGGCCUUGUCGGAUGGAGGAGUUCGAAUGGGCCUGCCUCGGCAAAUGGCUUCCAAAUUUGCCGCUCAAAUGACCAUGGGCGCCGCCAAGAUGGCGCUCGAAUCCGGAAAGCACACGGGUCAGCUGAAAGAUGAGGUCACAUCUCCGGCGGGCACGACCAUUCGAGGCAUCCAAGUUCUGGAACGAGCUGGGGUCAGAGGAGCUGUAAUGGACGCGGUUCAAGCCUCUGCAGAACGAGCCGUGGAAUUGGGAAAGAACUGAAACUCAAUAUUUCUGUUAGAAAUCUCUAUAUCUCAAAGCUCUAUUGAAGGUCGUUUUCCCAUCCUUCUUUCUUUUGUCUAUUAUAUUCACUCUGGUCCGAGGACAUUGUUCCCGGGGUUCCUUCCAAGAUUUUAAUGCUUUUAAAUAAACUGUCUCAAAUGAAAAA